AUGGCCUCCGAUUCCAAACAAAGUAAGUAUUUAACAGUUUAUUUACAUUAUAAUGGUUUAUUCGCACCAAAACCAUUAGUGUACUUGAACGCUGUUGUUGUUUCAAUCUGUGAUGUCGAUUUUGGUGCAAUGGAUUUCAAAGACUUUAACUUGUUCAUUGCAAAGUUGAUUGAAGGCAGUUGUGAUAAUGUAUAUUAUUGCACUAGAAAUGAACCAUUGGCAGAGGGUAUUAGGAGAAUUACGAAUGAUGCUGACUACUUUGAGUUUAUUAAAACGGGUUAUAGUGAUGAAGCCGGUCUAAGAAUGAAUGUGUAUAUAGACCACGAAAAUGAACCUGUACUUGAUUGGGCUGAUGAUGAAGGGCAUUAUUCUGAGGAAGACCUGGAUGAUGAUAAAGAUUCACAACUUUCUGAUGAUAUUCCAUAUGAGCAUGAAGCAGAUGAUUACAUUCCUUCUCUUGACAAGACUAUUGGUGAUGAAUUCUUACAUCGGGUGUCAGGUAUGUGUAAGGAUAUAAAUGAUGAGGCUGAAACUGAUGAGGUUGAAACCAAGAAUGGAGAUGACAAACUAGUGUACCCUGUCCAUAAUGAGAACCAGAAAUGGGACAAAAUGGUGCCAAUUCUAGGUAUGAGAUUCUCUAACCCCAUGGAAUUGAAAAAUUGUUUGACUAACUAUGCAGUGAAGAAUGGGUACAACCUUUAUUUUGAGAAAAAUGAUAGUCAGAGGUUAUUAGUGAGAUGUUGUAAAGAGAACAAGAACCCUUCUUGUCCUUUUAGACUGUGGGCUUCCUGGAUGAGCAGUGAAAGGUCUUUCCAAAUUAAGUCAUUAGUUGAUGAACAUAACUGUUCAAGAGUCUUCAAACUUGGUUCCAUUAUAACAUAUAAAUGGAUUGGAAUGCAUUUUAAGAAUCAACUUCUGAAGAACCCUAAAAUGAGCAUAAGGAAAAUGAAGGCCAAAGUGAGUACAAAGUUUAACUUGAUUGUUAGUGUCACUCAAUGUAGAAAUGCUAGGAGAUAUGCUUUAGAUGAGAUAGAGGGUAGAAAAGUUUAA